AUGAACUGUUAUUGGAAAGUCCUGGCAGUUUUCAUAAUACUUCUUCAAAGUGCAUCAUCUCUUCAGCCAACUCAACCCAGAGUACUGCUAGUAUCUUUUGAUGGAUUCCGAUGGGAUUACAUCUAUAAAGUCUCAACUCCCAAUUUUCAUUAUGCCAUGGAGAAUGGGGUUCAUGUCAAACAGGUCACUAAUGUUUUUAUAACAAAAACAUAUCCUAACCAUUAUACAAUGGUGACUGGGCUCUAUGCAGAAAGCCACGGAGUAGUUGCUAAUGAGAUGUAUGAUCCUAUUCUGAAUGAAACUUUCUCACUGAACAAAAUGAAUAUCCAUAACUCCAAGUUCUGGGAAGAGGCCAGCCCAAUAUGGGUAACAAACCAGAGAGCGGGACAUAAAACUGGAGCAGCAAUGUGGCCUGGCACAGAUGUGAAAAUACAUAGAAUCUUUCCUACAUAUUAUAUGCCCUACAAUCAAUCUGUUUCCUUUGAAGACAGAGUUGCUAGGCUUAUUGACUGGUUUACAUCAGAAGAACCCAUAAACCUUGGUCUCUUAUACUGGGAACAGCCUGAUGAGAUGGGCCACCUUCUGGGUCCAGAAAACCCACUUAUGAAACUGGCAAUUAGUGAUGUUGACAAAAAGCUGGGCUACCUGAUGUCUGAACUGAACAAAGCAAAGCUGUGGGAUGUGGUGAAUGUCAUAAUCACAAGUGAUCACGGAAUGUCACAGUCGUCCUUGAAAAGGCUCAUUGAGCUUGAUCAGUAUGUGAAUAGAGAGCUCUAUGAAGUCAUUGACCAUUCUCCUGUGGUAGCCAUUUUGCCAAAAGAAGGCAAACUGGAUGAAGUCUAUGAAGCUUUGGUCAGUGCUCAUCCCAACAUGACUGUAUAUAAAAAGGAGCAGAUUCCUGAUAGAUUCCAUUACAAGCACAACAGUAGAAUCCAGCCAAUCUUAGCAGUGGCUGAUAAAGGAUGGGAAAUUGUAUAUAAUAAGUCUGACGCUGGUAAUCAUGGAUAUGACAACAUCAUACCAGAAAUGCAUCCAAUUUUCUUGGCAUUUGGGCCUGCUUUCAGAAAGAAUGCCACCAAAGAAGCCAUGAAUGCUACAGACUUGUACCCCUUACUGUGCUAUCUACUUGGUAUUAACCCACUACCAAACAAUGGUUCAUUCAACGCUGUGAAAGACAUACUUGCUGAAGAAGUUCCUGAUGCCUUCGGAGUAGACAACUAUGCUACUGCUGCAGGAGUCUUUCUGGGCAUCUCUCUUGUUGUAGUUUUUAUUUUAGUUUUUAUAAAGCAUGUUAUCCUCACCCAAACACCUGCCAUGCAAAUGCAGCAUAGUGAAGCUACCCAGCCACUGCUUCGAGGUUAA